AUUUCGGAAGUGAACUACUCUCAAUUCUCAAACCUUGAGUUGUUUAUUCUCUCUCCUCAUUACAGCACACUUACAGAGAGGACUGACCAGUUACGCUUCUGUGUAUGACAGAGAAGGGAUCUUUUGGUGGAGGUCCAUCUCUCUUACUGUGUCUACCGUUUCUCACAUAAUCCACAACCAACCGAUCGGAGGCCUAACAUUCACUAAGACGACGGAUCUUUCGUCUCUCUCGGACUAACAACUGUCAUCACAAUUACUAGCAAAUACUAGGAGGUGAAACUGUAUUAUACCUAAUUCUACUGCUGGAAACGCCUUGUUUCCUUCGCUUAGCUUUGAGCUAACUGCAGGACAGAUGCAAAAGUGUGUUCGCUUAGGGUUAUGGAUGCUAACUGUGACAAAGCUAAUAUAAAAUUCUAUCUUAGGCUGUACUUUUUGUUUCUAUAAUUUUGCACUGAGUGAAGUAUUGAUCUGGAGAUUCCGUUAAGUGUAGUGAUGUACGUACUGAUGUUCAUGUUGAGGUUAGAAUAGAAACCUCGUCUGCCUGAACGAACGUGGAGUUUGACGACUUGGCGCAGUUGAAAAUGGAAGCGAACACUAAAGAAAUGCGAUCUUUGGCCUUGACUCCGACCUGGUCUGUUGCUUCAGUACUUACAAUCUUUGUUACUGUUUCCUUGCUCGUGGAACGAUCGAUCCACCGUCUCUCUAAUUGGUUGCGGAAAACGAAGCGGAAACCACUGCUUGAAGCUCUAGAGAAAAUGAAAGAAGAAUUGAUGUUGCUAGGGUUCAUAUCUCUCCUGCUCACAGCAACCUCAAGUGUGAUAGCAAAUAUAUGCAUCCCUUCAAGGUUCUAUGAAAGUGUUUUUGCUCCUUGCACUAGGUCCCAAAUUGACGACGAAAUUGAGAAUAAUGUAUCUGAGGAACGCAAACUUUUGACAAUUUUUGCUGUUCCGCAUAGGAGAAUACUGAACAGUUUAAAUCAGAACACUUGUCCUGAGGGCCAUGAACCAUUCGUUUCAUAUCAAGGCUUAGAGCAAUUGCACCGUUUCAUUUUCGUUAUGGCAGUGACUCAUGUGUCGUACAGUUGCUUAACCAUGCUGCUAGCAAUUGUGAAGAUUCACAGUUGGAGAGCAUGGGAAGAUGAAGCUCACAUGGAUCGACAUAAUUCAUUAGCUGAAGUUACCAGACAGAUGACAAUGCGAAGGCAAUCAACAUUUCUCAAUUUUCAUACCUCCAAUCCUUUCAGUAGGAAUAAAAUUCUUAUGUGGGUGAAAUGUUUCUUCCGGCAAUUUGGGCGUUCUGUUGUUCGUGCAGAUUAUCUGACUUUGCGCAACGGGUUUUUAACGAACCACAAUCUGACGUCAAAAUAUGAUUUUCACAGCUAUAUGAUUCGUUCUAUGGAAGAAGAGUUUCAGAGAAUAGUUGGGGUAAGUGGCCCGUUAUGGGGAUUUGUUGUGGCAUUCAUGCUGUUCAAUAUCAAAGGAUCUAAUCUGUAUUUUUGGAUAGCUAUCAUCCCAAUUACACUUGUUCUUCUAGUGGGUGCGAAGCUGCAAUAUAUAAUUGCAACUUUAGCACUAGAGAGUGCUGGCAUAACUGGAUUCUUAACUGGGACAAAGUUGAAGCCACGAGAUGAUCUUUUCUGGUUUAAAAAACCAGAACUCCUCUUAUCCUUGAUCCACUUUGUUCUUUUCCAGAACGCGUUUGAGCUUGCUUCUUUCUUUUGGUUCUGGUGGCAAUUUGGGUACAACUCUUGCUUCAUAAGGGACCAUUUUUUGGUAUACAUUCGGCUAAUUUUGGGAUUUGUUGGACAGUUCAUGUGCAGCUAUAGCACCUUGCCAUUAUAUGCUCUUGUUACUCAGAUGGGAACAAACUACAAGGCAGCUUUAAUCCCAGAGAGAAUAAGAGAAACAAUCCAUGGAUGGGGAAAAGCAGCUAGAAGGAAAAGAAGGCAUGGCCAUGGCAAUUUCAUGGACGAUUCAACCACCAUACGAACAGACACAAGCACGGUUAUGUCAUUAGAGGAAGAAGAAGAAGACGAUCACCAGCUUUUAGGCGACAGCCUUCCUCAUGGAAGUGGAAUUAUGGGAUCAGAAUUAGAAUUACCCAUAAUUGUGGUUACUAGUAAUAAUAAUAAUAAUGAAACCUCAACUCGUCCUGCCACACCUCUCCUUAAGCCUUCAGCUUCCAUCUCUGCCUCUGCCUCUAGAGGUUUUGAUAUGGAUCCAUUUACAAGGUCAUAUUCUAUGCCAGGAAGAAGAUGAAGAUUAAUAUACAACACUUUCAUUUGUAGCAUCAAGAAGUAGAAAAUAUGAUCAUAAAAUUGAUAUCUAGGGUUUAGUUUUAAAUAUACUCUUCCUCGCUUAUGUAUAUGUGUAUCAUUUUAAUUUGCAAUUAAGUCCGUUGAUC